AGUUAAACAUUUAUAUUACAGACAGGAUACCGUUGAAAGAAUUAGUAUACGGUUACACAUUAAGAUGAACAGAAGUUUAAUUUGUUACACACUUUCCCUUUGCCUUAUUAAGGCCCUGUGCGUGGAAAUAUCCGACAGUCUGAUCGAUGAGACGACUGCAACAUGCAUGAAAGAGCUCGGUAUUGACAAACAGGCUGUAUCAAAGAUGGUCGACGAAAACAUGUUAAUCAUAAACAAGGACAAGAACACCGCCAAGCUGUUGGAGUGCCAAAUAAGCAAACGAAAUUUUUACGAUGCGAACGGUAAUUUCCUCAAGGAGAACACCAUCAAAGCGCUUGUAGAGGGAAUGGUUGUGUUUGUCAAGGACGAAGCAGAAAGACAAGCUCGGGCUAUAAGGAUCUUCGACGAGUGCACCAACUCCACGAGUGAAAGUAAAGUGGACAGAAUAAUUGAGUUUCAUAAUUGCGCCAUGCCAAUAAUGCUACAACAUUAAAGAGUGAUACUGUUACUAUCUCGCUAAUAAAGCCGCUAUUUCUGUUUUCA